AUGACUGAACCCAAUGUCGACGUGGUUGAUACAAAGAUCAAGCAAGAAUCUGUAGAAGAACAGGAUUCAUCUGAAAUGCCACCUAUCGAUAUUAAUAAACUGUCGACUACCAGUGCGGCAUACAAAUCUAGUGUUCAAGAGCCGUUAACGCCUUUUUCGGACGAAGCGUAUGCGUGCGAUCGGCAGUACGCAAUUGUUCUCGCACAACUGAUAUCGAUCACUGAUCGUGAAAAAGUUUAUAAAUGGAUCGAAAAACUCGAUACGAUGAAUAAAUGCGACGAAAUGAAAGAGGAACGGUCAGAUUAUUUGAGAUUUUUAAACCUUUCGAUGAAGUAUGGCAAACUAGUGCCACCUUUCACAAAAUUGCCGUCUCCGAGUCUACGUCCGCUCACCAACAUCAUGCCUAAGUCCGUGUACAGUCUGAUAUACAAAGGUAAGUACGCCACUGCCGACGAUUGCAGCCUCGAUGAGGACCUUGGCGACCCAACUUAUGGACCACCCGAUGAAGUCGUUCCCAGCUCAUUUUUCGACAGGCAACCGGUACCACGAAACGGUGGUGUGGUGUACGCAGCUGCAUACAGCACCAGAUAA